AGCCAAAGCAAUUCUUUUCUGGUUUGAAAAGCAGAUGAUGAAAGGAUUCUUUUUCGUCACCAGUGCGGUUCCUGGUAGCUACAGUGCAAAGUUUGUUAUUCAAGUUGAGCAAUUCUCUGGACAUAAAUUCAAAAAGAGUUCUUGCUUCUGUCCAAAUGGUUCGUAUGAUAAAUUGCUACUUGGUAAAUGGUUUCAAACACAACGUUCGCAGCCACAUACGCCAUGUUGUCACUUUCAAAGGUCCUGGAGAAGUUGUCUUCACAAAAGUGGCUAUAUUGUAGCUUUGAGUAAAGAAAGGUUAUCCUCUGAAGCCAUACCGAAGAACGGUGACGUUAUCAUAGAGAGACCUACACGUAACAUAAGAACUAUUAUCUGUGGGCUCGUGGUAUGUGCUAAUAUGAAGGCCGUUUGGGAUUUGUUAACAGAUUAUGAACAUCUUGCAGAGUUUAUUCCCAAUUUGGCAGUUAGCAGACUCCGUUACCAUCCACAAGGUGGUAUUCGUUUGGAACAAGAGGGUGUUCAAUCUGUUCUAGGUUUUCGUUUUCGAGCUUCAGUUAUUUUGGAUAUGUAUGAAAAGUUUUCAGAAGACAGAGCAGAAAUCGAUUUUGUCUUAGCGGAUAGCCAAGACUUUGACGUAUUCGAAGGCUCGUGGUUGAUGUAUCCUAUGAAGAGAAAUUGGACACAUUUGAUUUAUCAGGUAACUGUACAACCCAAAAGAUUUGUACCAGUUCAAGCUGUGGAAUGGCGUAUUCGUGAAGAUGUCCCGUCUAAUCUUCAUUCUAUCAAGAAUUAUAUUGAAAACUUAUCCCACAGAAAGUGAUAAAGUGGAAUAACCUAAAGACUAUAUAAAAUUGGUCGCUGUGAA